AUGAGCUUUAUUAACUUAGAAUAACUUGAUCAAGAAAACUCACUAAUAGACUAUCAUAAAAAAAUUAAUGAAACAUUUGUUACUCUAUCGAAUACUAUUCAUGAACUUCAAAUCCAUAAAUCUGUUUUGUAAUUACAUUUUCAAUAUUAAGUUUUAGAUACUAAUAUUGCUUAACUCUACUUAGAGUAAUUCUGUUAAAAAUUUCCAUAAGCGAUAACAUUUACAUUACUAAUAGGAGAAGGAGCUAAAAUUCUACAUUUUGAGAAUGAAGUAGCAGAAUACUUGUUUAGCAAAAGAUUUUGUAGAUUAGAUUUUAUAAUUGCAGUUGGAGGAGGAGUAAUUACUAAUUUAAUUGGAUUUUAUCCAACAUAUAUAUGAGAGCAUUUAACCAUUCAACAGAAUAAUAUUCAUUUUAUUUCCACAUAGUUAUUGGGAAUGUUAGAUACUAGUGUUGGAAGAAAGACAGUUAUCAACAACAUUUAUUGUAAUAAUCAACUAGGAGUGA